AUGGAGCGUACUAGCUCACCUGCCCCGAACUCUCAUGAAUCCAUCAGCAGCGGGAGCGAUCGUCUGACUGCAAUCGCAACAAGUCAAGAUCGUCGUGGAUCCCAGCACGAAGCCAUUCUCGCAGACACACUAAGCCGUCGUCCUACCAACCUCAACGAGGUCGAACUAGAACGUAUCGAAACCUAUCGUCUCCAACACCGCUCGACCGUCGGUUCAGGAGUUCCUGUACCCCGCGAAGAAUGGCUACCUAUGGGUGCUGGGAAACCAUAUCCACCAGUUUUGCCGGACCCCGAACAAUUUGUGGUGGAAUUCACCGAUGCCAAUGAUCUUCUCCAUCCGCAGAACUGGUCCUUGCGCCAGAAGAUCAUCAUAUCUGUGGUUCUGUCCUACUCCACAUUUGUAUCCUCCUUCGCUAGUGCCAUCUACUCCUCUGCCGUCGUCGAAAUCAGUCCUCAAUUCCACAUUAGUAGCGAGGUCGCCAUCCUCGGUGUGACUCUCUAUGUCCUGGGUUUUGCUUCGGGGCCGACCCUGUGGGCACCGGCAAGUGAGUUGAUUGGGAGAAGAUGGCCAAUCAUUGUGGGCGUAUUUGGUUUCGCUAUCUUCACGGUUGGAACUGCAACUUGCAAGGAUGUCCAAACUCUCAUGUUGACUCGCUUCUUCGCGGGAUUCUUCGCUGCAAGCCCAAUUGCCAUCGUUCCUGCCGUUUUCGCAGAUAUCUACAGCAAUCAGACUCGUGGUGUGGCAAUCGCGAUGUUUGCCAUGGCCGUGUUUGUUGGGCCCUUCGCCUCGCCCUUUACUGGUGGCUUUAUCACAAUGUCCUAUUUGGGUUGGAGAUGGACGAUGUACAUCUCUUGCAUCAUGGGCUUUUUGUCCACAGUACUAUGCCUGCUGUUCCUUAAAGAGACUUAUGCACCCGCCAUCCUUGUGGAAAAAGCUAUCAAGUUGCGCAGACAGACACACAACUGGGGCAUCCGGGCAAGGCAGGAGGAGGUCGAGCUGGAUUGGGAGGAGUUGAUCACGAUCAACUUCAGUCGGCCGUUUCGAAUGCUCUUCACAGAGCCAAUUGUGUUUUUGAUAUCUCUUUGGAUGAGCUUUGUCUACGGAUUAAUUUAUGCACUUCUCAGUGCAUACCCUGUCGUGUUUCAAGGACUCCACGGCAUGAAUCUCGGAGUUGGAAGUUUACCCUUCAUCGGGUUGAUUGUUGGGGAGUUCCUAGGUGGUGCUUAUACUCUGCUGGAUCAAAAGUCGUACGCGAAAAAGCUAGCGGCCAACAACAAUAUCCCUAUUCCCGAGUGGCGACUCCCACCAUCUAUACUCGGUGGUAUUUGCUUCACUAUUGGGCUGUUCUGGUUCGGCUGGACAGGAUGGACAAAAUCCAUCCACUGGAUGGCACCAACUGCGAGUGGAGUUGUCACCGGCUUCGGGAUCUACGUGAUCUUCCUGCAGUGUUUCAACUACUUGAUUGAUUCAUACCUCACCUUUGCGGCAUCUGUGUUUGCUGCCAACACGAUCAUUCGAUCCGCGGUCGGAGCAGCAUUCCCGCUGUUCUCGAAACAAAUGUUCAACAAUCUAGGAGUUCAAUGGGCUGGUACACUCCUUGGGUGCCUGGCGCUGAUCAUGGUUCCUAUCCCUCUCGUCUUUAUAAAGAUCGGUCCGAUUCUGAGAAAGAAGUCCAAAUUUGCCCCAACUUUCGGGCCUCGUGAAAGUACCCGUGCGGAAAAGGAGCCGCGUGCAUCGGUCUAG